AUGUCGACCAGGUGGAAAGUCGACUUGGCAACAGUCUCCAAACAAUUUCACAGGAUUUGUUCGACGAUCAUGUCAAACUAUCCAAUCAAAUCAUUGAAGAUCUUCAAUGAGAUGACUCACAUUGGUUCGCAAUACUGUCUGUUCAAGAAUCCACCACUUCAUUUGGUGGAUGAUCAAAUUGUCUUUAUUCCCAACUACCUUCUUACCGCCUGCAUUGAGAAUCUUCAAUCGCUCACUCAAACAUUCUCUGUUAUCGCAUCGCCAAACUACACGAUUCACCUCCUCAACGCCAAGAAUCUCAGACACAUAACUUUCCGUGGUCGACUACAAAUGAACGAAUACUACCCAGACAACAAUACAAUGGAAUCGAUUGUAUUCAAAGUUAAAGGAGGUUUACAUCAACAUCAAGUAUGCGUUUCAAUAUUGAAUCAAUUUAAGCAGUGUAAUCCGAACAUCGAUGUUAAGAUAUCACUCGGUGAUUUGGCUCCUGAGCCAACUAAUGGAAACCUCACUGUUAUCCCAUGGUCUGCCAGUGAUCUUUCAUUAGUAACCGAUUUGAAACUCAACUUGUACGCAUCCAAGGAGCAACCAGGUCUGCAAAACAUCAGACAGCUUUCAAAGCUCAACAAAAUCGUUCUCAAAUUCGAUGGCUUUGAAAAGGAUAGAGAUCUUAUUGCACUUCAACCAGAGAUUCAACAACUUCUCAAUCAAGGAACCGUCAGAACCGUUAGUUUCCACAUGGAACUUGGUGAUUCGACGGCUUCAGGAAACCAAAAUCACUCUGCUACUAUCCAGUCGACUGGCAACAUCAAUAGUCUGUCUCACCUCAAUUCAAAGCUUGAGCAACUGUUUGAUUUGAUAAGGGAUCACAACGAUACCGUUCAUUGCCUGAAGUUGAAAGUGGUGCUUAAUAACUACAAAGAUCUUCACUUGCUAAAGGAUAAUAUACAUUGUAAAAGUAGGAUAUUCUAA